UGCAGCUUCCCAUCAGCAGGUGCGGCCCGUUAUAAACACCAGCUGGUCCAGCUGACGGGACUGAUCAACAUGAGCGGACUGCUGCUGCUGCUGUUGUCGCUGUCUGCGGCCGCCGCGGCCCCGCACCCCGGGACCCCGCACCCCGGAGCCCCGCAACCCGGGGCCCCGCACGCCCCGCACUCCGGGCCCUGCCUCGCCCCGGCCCAGUGGGAGGGCAGGUGGGUUGUUUACGACCACAGCUCCGGCAGGAACAGGCGGGCCGCCGUCUCCUACGACGGGCCGAACCAGAGGAUCCGAGUCCUGCAGCAGCACAAGAAACACACCCCGUGUCAGAGGUUUUAUGAGUACAUCUACUUGUACCAGAGCAUGGUGAUGUUCCAGAUCGACCAGAAGACCAAGGACUGCUCCAAGAUCUCUCUGACGGAGGCCUGGGAUCCGUUUGACAUCCCAGUCAACUCCACGUUCGAGGACCAGUACUUGAUCGGGGGCCCGGGAGACAACGUGGAGGUCCAGGAGUGGUCGGACAGGAAGCCGGCACGCCAGCACGAGACGUGGGUGGGCGUUUACACCCUGAAGGACUGCUACCCGGUGCAGGAGACGUACAUCCGGAACACCAGCGUCACCACCUCCACCCGUUUCUUCAGUCUGCAGCUCGGCAUCAGCGACCCCGACGUCUUCACCCCGCCCAUCACCUGUCAGUCAGCCCGCCCCGAGCGGAUGGCCGAGUCCGUCUGCUGAAGCCUUGAACCUUCAACCCGUAGCACCUUCCAGAGCCCGAAUCACUCCCUCCUCCGCUCACUCCCUAAAACACGUAGCAGCAGUGGAAGAAGUCCAAUCACCUACUGUACAUGCCGAGGUUAAAAUAAUACGCUCUUGCUUUCAGUCACUGAUGUCAAAUUUAAUAGCAACAUUUAUUUAAAAAGACUUAUCAAAAUAAAAGAUUGGUUCUGACACACAACUACUGCAGUGAACUACUUUAGAUGUUCAUGGAUGAUGAAAUAAAGCUGAAGGAUUGUGAGAUUAA